GCAGAAUGGAAUGCUGUUAAAAUGAAUCGUAGUGAUUCGAAAUUUGCCAUCUCGGCGAAGUUCUAUUGCAGAACUUAUGGUGGAUAUACGAGAUAUGGGAGGGAUUUAUUUCGAAAAUCUAGUGUAUGGGGUGAGAAUCUCAAA